AUAAUUACAGAACGGAUCUUGUAAGCAAAAAGAGAAAAAUGGGAAAAAAACCACUCCACUUAUCGCCAAGAUGAAGCAUGAGCUUCUUCGAUGGAAUCCAUGCCACUACUCUCUGCUUCCACCUUCCUUUCCCCGACUUUCUUUCAAAAUCUCGAGAGCCAAACAGGCUUUUCGACCUCAAAUCUAUGCUUCUAUAGAUUCUGCCGGUACUCAGCAGGAGCUAACGGCGAGGGAGAGGAGGCAGCUAAGGAACGAGAGGAGGGAGAACAAAGCAGUGUAUAAUUGGAGAGAAGAAGUCGAGGAGCGGCUGAUGAAGAAGCCGAAGAAGCGGUACGUGACUCUGGCUGAAAAACUCAAUCUUGAUACCUUGGCUAAAUUGGGUCCUCAAUGGUGGGUGGUACGCGUCAGGCGGGUUCGGAGCCAGGACACUGCUGAAUUGAUUGCUCGUUUGCUGGCGAGGAACUUCCCUGACCUUGAAUUUAAGGUUUAUACUCCAGCUAUCCAGGAGAAGAAGAGAUUGAAAAAUGGUUCUUACUCAAUUAAACCAAAACCACUUUUUCCAGGGUGUGUUUUCUUAAGGUGUGUAUUGAACAAAGAGAUACAUGACUUCAUAAGGGAGAUUGAAGGCGUUGGAGGUUUUGUGGGAUCCAAGGUUGGAAAUGCAAAGAGACAAAUAAAUAAACCUAGGCCGUUGUCUGUUGAUGACAUGGAAGCAAUCUUCAGGCAAGCAAAAGAAGAACAAGAGAAGGCCGAUCAAGCUUUUAUAGAACAAGAACAAGGUGUAGGAGCUGGCAACUCUGUGAAGCAAAAUCCAGAACCUGAUUUAGAUUCCAAUGAUGUUUCAAAAUCUGUUUUGGAUUCAAAACCAAAACGACAAACAAGAAAAGCUUCCGAUCCCAUUGAGAAUAUAGCUAAGGAUGCUAAACGGCUCUUGCCAGGUUCAAAAGUUCGAGUUGUUUCUGGGACUUUUGCAGAAUUUGUAGGCAUCCUGAAGAAAUUGAAUCGGAAAACUAGAAAGGUAACUGUAGAAUUUACACUAUUUGGGAAAGAGACUUUGGUAGACUUAGAUGUUAAUGACAUUGUUAUGGAGGCAAACUGAUAUAAAUCCGCUCAUUCCUGAUUGUAACUGAUAACUAGUAAGUUCACUUUUUCCGUGAUAUUUAUUAUUUACUCAAUCUUUUUGGUGGGUAUUUCUUCACUUAUGGAAUGCAUUGUGGAAGCCAUAACAUAUCCUUUCAUGUUUGCUUGUUGGUUUUUGGGUUAUUCUUUGUUGCUUGUUCAUGUGUAUGAUUCUUUUUG